CACCAUCUGCAUGGUAAUGGACUUCGCGGAAAAUUUUACCUGCAUGUAUCAACAGGAAGUGCAGGCGGCCCACUGGCACCAUGAGCUCGUGACAGUGCACCCUACCGUUACAUACUACAGAUGUCCAGUCUGCCAAGAUACAACAACCGAGUCCCUGGUCUUUAUCAGCAGUGAUAAAAAACAUGACUACCAUGCCGUCCAGUGCUUCACAAUUAAAGCCCUACAACACCUCAGGGAGAAACGAGGCCUGACCGUCGGUCACAUCGUUCAGUGGACAGAUGGCUGUGGUUCACAGUACAAGAGUCGAGGCCCAUUCUCCGACAUCUCCAGAGCCGUGGUUGACCUUGAUGCCACUCUAGAGCGCCACUUCUUUGGAUCAAGACACGGGAAAGGCCCCUCGGAUGGGGAGAGUGCUGUGGUCAAGCACCAUGCUGCCUCUGCUGUUGCCGCUGGCAGUGUCAUUAUAGCUUCAGCUGAAGACCUCUUCAGUUACUGUUCAAAUUCAGCCCUCAAUAAACAACCCCCGAGUGAAGGGUGCAUCCACUUCUUGCGCUCCUUCUUUUGGGUUGGGGAAAGAGAUGUCAAAAGAGACCGAAUGGACAGGGAUGUGAAGACAGUUCCUGGAACACGCUCCUUCCACUCCGUUAAGUCUGUUGAAAAGAACAUAAUCCUGACAAGGGAGCUGACUUGUUGUUGCCUAGCAUGCCAGACUGGUGAUAGGGACUGCAUUUCCACAGCAACAGCUGGACCCUGGUCAUCCCAUGUCCUGCGACCGGAUAGCCACCAGCAGCCUACUCAACCUGCUGAUGCUGAUGAUGUUCAGUCUUCGGGUCCAUCUGCAGUAACUGAAGUACAGUUUUCACGGUUGAGUUCUUCAGUGGGUGAUGAUGUGCAACUUGCGACUGCUGCUAUUCCUUCUCUUGAUACAAUUGAAAAGGACCAGGCUUCCAGUGAAGUUCCCCAAGAUGCUUCUGCAGCCAGAUUUCAGUAUGGCAGCUGGGUGAAUGUGAAAUUUGGUACAGAAGGAAGCAAGCAGCAGGCCAAAUUUUAUAAUGGAAUGGUCCUCCAGAUUGAUGGCAGGGACAUACAGGUGACCUUCUUACGGAACAGAGGGUCAUUUUACAGCUUUCCUGUCAGUGAGGACAUUGCCUGGGUCUCAGCAGAGAAUGUGGAAUGCAUCACACCACCUACCAUCAACUCCCGUGGCCAGCAUUUUUUCCCCUGAUAUCUGAUGUCUGCUUUUUAAUUCCAAUGACUGUGGUUUCGUGUCCACGUAACAACCAUAACACAAUUUACUUCAUUAAUUAUAGCUAAAAGCAUAUUCAAACAAAUACAAUGAUUAUCUUUUGUUAAAAUAGGAGUGGUAUAGCUUGUAAAAGGACCCAAAUAUAUAUCUGCUUGGAUUAAAAAAUUGGAUAGCAGAAAUGUCAAAUGUCUAUCGGUUGCUGGCGCUAAAGCGCUGGACACAAAACUAAGCUACUUAGAUCAUGUCCAUUGAGAUAUUUUAUUGCAAUUGUUAAAUGCACACCAUUUAAUAAGCCAAUGAACACAGCUGAUGUAAUAAAUAAUGAUUUAACAAUUAGUGUUGCUCUUUUGUAUAUACUGUUUGGUGUCCAUGUAACAACCGUAAUAUUGCGCUAGUCACUACAUACUAUGAACCCUAGUAAAAAAGUGACUGGGUCAACUAUCAUUUUCUCUCUCAAAAUAUGUUCUUGGAAGGCCAUGGUUUUAAUCAUAUAUAUUUAUGGGCCCUUUGUAAAAA